ACACAUUUUCUCUGGCCGAGCCGUGUGUUGGCACCUCAGACCCUCCCAGUGCCUCCGUGUUUUCCCGUGUGUGUGCCGUGCUAAGCCCCCAGGACACGCCCCGCCCUUAAGGAUACCCGCAGGAGCCCUUAAGGAUCAUAUGAGGAGAGGGACCCGUGCGUAGGACUCCCCUGAGGGCCGUGAGGAGGCCGUGAAGGAGGCUGAAGGAGGGGAGGAGGGGCAGCUGCCAGGUGCGGAGGAGCCAUAAAGCUGUCUCGCCUCCUUUUGCAACUUUCGCUUUUGAGGAUGAGAGAACCGUCAAUGUAGUCUGGAGCCAACGCCACGCCACACCUCUGAGUACCAUCACCUGUGUGGCUUGCCGAGGAAGGUCAUCAGGACACAGGUGACACAUGACAUAACAAAGCACGGGGAAACCUCCAGGUGUGACUAAUGAGUGUUGAGGUGCAGCUGAAACACCCUACCACCACCACCACAACCUUUACCACCACCACCACCCCAGUACCCGCCCGCUAACCGAACCCAUGUUGAAUCGCUUCAAGACAGCGCUAUACAAUGUGGUGGGGAGCUUUGACCCGGGGGAUGGGGGCGCCCUGGGGGGAUUGGGUCCUGGCGUCACCUCGGGCCUCCCCACAAGUGCGGUUACUGGCAGGGCCCUGACAGGCUCCUCGAAAGAUAGGGGCCUGCGCUUCCCCUACACUCGGCCGCACUUCCUCCAGCUCGGCUCAGAGGAUGAGAUUCAGGUGACAGCCGACCACGCCAUCCGCCCCAUCAUCUGCCCGCGGGACAUAUCAAGGCUGCCGUGGAACAGUGGCUAUGCCGAAACCAUCAAUGCAGGAAAGUCCAAGAAAAAUGAGGACCAGGCAGUGGUGCACGUUGGCCUCCUCACCCGGCCACUCAGGCUGGACCGAGGGGCUCCCUCCUCCUCCUCCUCCUCGUCCUCAUCCUCCAGCCCACAAGAUGCCAGGAACACCACCAGCAAGGCGGAGCCAGUAGUCAACGGCCACAGUGAGGAGGCAUCGGAGACGCCGCAGGAGAAGACUGUGUUGCUGCAGCCCCGAGGAGGCCAGCACCCCCUCUCAGCCAGCCCUGCCACGGAGCUGAAGGAGGGCUUCCCCCAGGCCCUUGGCGAUGCCCCCCAGGACCAGACUAAAGAUGGCCCCGCAGGGAUAAAAAUAGAAGAAGGGAGUGCAGAGCCCCUUCCUCAUGAGCCCCCACAGCUCCCCCCAGUGGUCCACGUGUCGCUGCCCUACUACCUCUUUGGGGUGUUUGACGGGCACGCAGGCUGGGGGGCCGCCGUGGCCGCCGCCAACCAGCUCCACCACAUCGUGCAUGAGAAGCUGUGUGAUGUGAUCGACAUUCUAAUCCCUGACCCACUGGAGGAGAAGCUUCAGUCUCCCAUCUGGGCCCCUGAGAGGGAGGUCACCAUGGAGAGUGCAGUCACUGGUGCCCUUGAGAAUGCUUUCUGGCAGAUGGACCACACGAUAGCAGAGGACAGGCUCAGGUUCCAGCUAACGGGUGGGUGUACAGCGUGCGUUGGGCUCUUCAUCCAUGGCAAGCUCUUCCUGGCCAACGCUGGGGACUCGCGUGCUAUCCUCUCCCUGGGUGGCGUCCCGCUCCCCAUGUCCUUCGACUUCACCCCAGAGUCCGAGAACCAGCGCAUCAGGAAGCUGGGGGCCAUGCAUCCAGAGCUCCUUGGCGGGGAGUUCACCCACCUCGACUUCAUCCGCCGGCCUCAGAGGAGAGACCUGGGCAAACGGGUGCUGUUCCGAGACCACUACAUGAGCGGAUGGGCGUACAAGACCCUCACGCCGGAUGACCUCAAGUAUCCGCUCGUGUGUGGGGAGGGCAAGCGGAGUCGGGUGUUGGCCACUAUUGGGGUCACCAGAGGGUUUGGGGACCACGAUCUGAAGGCCCAGUGCUCGUCCAUCCCCAUCAAACCGUUCCUCACCCCAGAACCCGAGGUGCGAGUGUUCGACAUCGAGGCGGCGGAGCUCACAGACGGGGACGUGCUGGUGCUGGCAACGGACGGCCUCUGGGACAUCACCUCCAACGAGCGGGCCGUAUCCAUGGUGUCCAAGUCCCUCUCACACUUCCCUCCAGACCACCACGACAAGCACAAGUACAGGUACACCAGCGCGGCUCAGGACCUGGUCAUGGGGUCACGAGGCAAGCUGCGGGAGCGUAACUGGCGCACCAGCGAUGACAAGCACGCCACCAUCGACGACAUCUCGGUGUUCGUGGUGCCCCUGCGACCCUACCAGGUGGAACACCGUGAAUGGAAGGCCAGGCAGGGGAGGCCCCCUGCGGGUGAAGAGACCACUGCAGGCAAUAAAACAGGAGCUUCAAACAAUGGCCACAUGCCUCCCCUGGUGCCCUCAAGCAAACAGGACAACCCUGAAAGCUUGGCCUCUGGGAAACACAGCGCGCAGGACGGGCUGACCACCUGCAUGGAGGCCUUUGACCUGCACCCUCAGGAGGACCACUUCAGGAGUGAGGGGGACGCGGCACAAACAGAGGGGGGCGAGGGGCCGGCGCAGGGCCCAGACACAGCAUAGUGCCUGGGGGGCGGCUCCGGGGCUGAGGGAGCCAAACACUAGUCGUGUGUCUGGGCCACAGUCUGGCGCCUCAGCCUGCAGGGGGGUGGGGAGAGGCUAGGGGGCACCCAGCAUCACUUGUUUAUACAAACCAUUGUUGCAGCAGAGAGAGAGAAAGAGAGAGAAUUCUUUCCAUGAACAAUUUCUUUUUACCAAAGAAUUGUUAUGUUAUAAAAUAUUUAUUUACAAAUAUACAUGAGCAAGCUUUCACUAGUGUGGGAGUGUUCUUCACUGUCUGGGGCGAGGGCCGGAGCCCAGGCCAAGUGUGGCUCAGCUUGUCCUCAAGAGGACCACUUCCUUGUAUAGGUUUUUUGUCUCUGGAUUCAUGGGGCAGUUUUUUUCUGGUCAUGUUGAGAUCAUAUGAGGCACAGGCAGCCAGAGGCUUCAAAGAUAAACACACACACACACACACACACACACACACACACACACACACACACACACGCACACAACCACUUCUCAUUCCACUCCUUUGGCCAUCACUGCCCACCUAGACACACCACACUAUGCAGGCGCAGGCACAGACUGCCAAGUAUUUAUUCUCAAGCAAGAGGAACGGAGAGGGCACGGUUCCUGUCUCCAACCCUCAGUUGUAUCAUAGAGGCCGUGUGGGAUCCAUCCCUCUCACAAGAGGUGGGUGGUAGGAUUGCUCAUUUACAAUGCCAUUACACAUGAUAUAAAUUUUUAGUAGUGUGUGUUUAAUGAAAAGGAAGGUUAAAUAUGUACAUACAUGUUUGAAAGCAAUAUAAUAAUGCACAUACAAAGACCAAGGAAUGGAACAAAACAUGCACUCACACAAUAAACAGAAACACACCUGCACACUCGUGGGUCUGUACGCCCAGACUCCUGCGAGAGUCCCUCAGAAACUCACUGUGGUGUUGCUUGCUGUGUUGGCCGUGGACACCUCACGGCUCACUCAACUGGAAUCGGGUUGCUGUUCCAGGUGUUGCUUCUUGCUGCUGCUGCUGUAAUGGCGGGUGACUUCAUUAACUGGUGGAGGUGGAAGAGAUUUGUAGGGUUGUUGGGUAAGGCACUGCAAUUUUGAUGACACCCAGGUCUCAAGGAGGAAUGUCGAUGAUAAACAUCAGGGUCAAAGUGGCCAGCAAUCUGUGCAGUGCCCAAUCAUGCUGCUGUGUGUUGCCGUUUGCCUCACCUUGAUAACACCUCAUCCUCCAUCGGUCAAAAGUAGUGUUAGAGCUGCCUUUCUUUGCCCCACAAUGCCAAGGGUGAUGCUGGUGUUGGCAAUACAUUCACUAUGGCGCAUGGCUGCUGUGGUGAGCCUGGCCAAGAUGGGAACCAGACCGUGUGGGAGGACCUUUGGAGACCUAAUUAAUGAUCUGUGGACUCGUGCUUUCAACACUAAUGCAGACCCUUGUCAUGUCAGAAGUGAAGGUAACGACACACAAAAAUUGGUCUGGCAUUGUGGUCGUGGGUGGACGGGAGGCUAACCAGUUAACCCGGUAGCAGCGACGGGCCAAAUUUGUGGCUUUACCGUGUAGCAGCGACGGGCCAAAUUUUUGCCAUGAUAUAAACCCCCCAAAAAUAGAUGAUGCAUGACCUGAUCACAAAUGCGUUGGUAUAUAUUAUGAAAUGGUUUGCGAGAGUGAUGAUUUUUCUCCUUUUUCUCGGUCAGAGGGGUCUUUAAGAAACGUGAUCCCCGCAGGUACUGAGUCAAAUAGCCCAUCUGAAGACAUGUUAGAUUAGACUUGUGUUCCCAUAGGUCUUGCCUUGUCUGUGGGGUUAUGGAGGAUACUGUUAUCAGCAGCAAUUAAAUAACUGUGUGGUCAGUAAGGCUUGGUGCCUAAUUAACAGAAUGCGCCAAUAAUAGACAGUGGAUAAAAAAAGACGUGUGAAGCCGAGGUACAAAUACCUUCUAAGACAGUUGACUGAGAGGUGUGUGUUGCUCAGCACUCGUUGCCACUUUGUUAUUUAUAUUUAUUGUAGGUUUGAGUGAGGGAGGGAAUGCAUGUGGCUCAGAUUUAAGGGUACUCCGUCUCAACCUUUAUUCUCUCAUUUGGCGGUGUGUAAGAACGACCGUGGAUGCUGUCUGUCUUGGCUAUUUGUCCUAUUUCCUUCACUGUUGAUGAUUGUGGUACUCUUAACAUUUUCCUUCAGUGUGUUGAUUAUUCUCUCAUUUGGCCGUGUGUAAGAACGACCGUGGAUGCUGUCUGUCUUGGCUAUUUGUCCUAUUUCCUUCACUGUUGAUGAUUGUGGUACUCUUAACAUUUUCCUUCAGUGUGUUGAUUAUUCUCUCAUUUGGCGGUGUGUAAGAGCUACCAUGGAUGCUGUCUGUCUUGGCUAUUUCCUUCACUUGAAUUUUAUGGUACUCUAACAUUUUUCUUCAGUGUUUUGAUUAUUACUCAUCAUCAUCAUCGUCAUCAUCGUUUAACAUCCAUUUAUUCCCUAUGGUGGGGCUGGACGGGAUAUGAGCCUCCUCCACUGUUGCCGGUCCAUAGCCAUUUCUUCCUUAUUCAUUAUCACUGUCUUCUAAAUUGCGUUCAGGGUUGUGGUUCCAUCCUUGCAAUGCCCAUCUUCUAUCAUCCAUUUCCGAGUACCGUUGAAAAAAUGUCUGGUAUUGUUACUUUAUUUGUUUUCAUAUUGUUAUCAUGUGUUACUCUGAUUAUCUCUUUUUUUCCCAUGUUUUCCUGAUUAGCUAAGUUAUGAUGUGUAUACUCAAGCUUUGAUAUUGGUUAUUUAUUGUAAAGAGUGGCUUGUACUGUCAUGACAUUCUGCCUAUCUCUAUGUGUGUGUGUGUGUGCGUGUACGUGUGUUGGUGCUGGAUGUGUGUGUGUGUAUGUGUUGGCUGGGUGUACGGUAUGUGUGUUUGUGUGUGUGUGUGUGUUGGGUGUACAGUAUGUGUGUUUGUGUGUGUGUGUGUGUGUGUUGGCUGGGUGUACGGUAUGUGUGUGUGUGUGUGUGUUGGCUGGGUGUACGGUAUGUGUGUUUGUGUGUGUGUGUGUGUGUGUGUUGGCUGGGUGUACGGUAUGUGUCUUUGUGUGUCUGUGUGUUGGUGCUGGAUGUGUGUGUGUGUGUGUGUGUGUGUUCUUGGGUGGUGGCAGCAAGGAUCAUCGCCAAUAAGUCAUAUUUAUGCACAACUAUUUAUCUUUGUUUGUAUUCCAAGGAGCCACAGUCAUUCCUAUGUUUAAAAGAAUCUAUGUUCAAUACCUUCACCAGCUGUGGGUGUGCGGGAUAUAAGCGGCUCUUUACUUUUUCGUUGUUGAUAAUUACAUAUAUAGUAUCCAUGUUUACAGUAUUUAUAUAAAAGAUAUCUAUUGUUUUCAUAAUACAAGGGCAGGGAGAGAUAUAUGUUGCCUCUUCAUUUUGGCAAUAGUAUACCUUACAUAGUAUAGAUGCAUUUGAUUAAUAUUUCUCUAUGUUCAAUAAUACUGUUUUGAUUUGAGUGUGUGUGUGUGUGUGCGUGUGUAUUUACCUAAUUGUGAAAUACAGGAAAAGAGCGUGUGUGUGUGUGUGUGUGUGUGUGAGAGAGAGGUUUGUGUGCCUGGUAUGGUCAUUAAUCUUUAGUCAAAUGCUGGACUUAAAUGUAACCAGUGCCGGAGAGUUCUGUAACUGGGGCGUACAGAAUGUUGGGUGCUAGACAGAGGCUGACCACAAGUAAGUCCACCCAACCCACCCUGACCUCCACUGUUAACUGUGACCCGCUGUUUAGAUGCCUUAAACCCUCCCAGCUUUUAUGUCACCACCCUUCAUGGUUCCACAUCUCAUCACCUGGCAAUGGAGCUGGAUUGAUAGCCUUAAUCAUUACACACCAUUGCACUUCAACUUCCUUAUCGAACUAUUCAGAUACCAUACCAGUUUGUAACCAAGUGGCUCAUUGUUGCAUUCCCCACAAACCAAUGCACAUGAUUUUUAUUCAGCCUGUCAUUCAGCUCCAACACAUCUUAGCCUGAAUUCUUAAACGUAUGGACACCUCAGUUUGCCCAUGUGAAAAGCCUCAGUUGUUCAGGUUUUCAUGGAUUGUUUGGUGAUCCUAGUGGUAGUUUUACCCGACAUCUUCAGCAUGAAUGGGAAAAUCACCAAUGAAAACCCUGUUAAUCAUAUCUGCGGCCUUGGGAAAGUCAAGAUGGGAGUCCUGAUACAUUUAAGAAUACAGACCCUCAUACCUUCAGUCACCAGUGAGUAGGUAUGCCUCUCACCAUUCACAUCCAUUACAGCCUUAAAUAUACGACUCCGCAUGACCUGGUGUGUAUUGCUUAGUGCUAGGACAUAAGUCACUGUAACUCGCCACUCACAUCAUACUCAGGGCAUACAGCUACUCUGGGGGAUGACAAUACAUUUUAUGGACCAUGUUUUCUAUUGAAGCACACUAGGAAGGGGCAGAGAGGAACCAAGAGUGCAGUGGUGGGUUGGAAGAGAUAUUUGGCUCAAGGGAUUUGUAUAUACGUAAUCUUUCUGGAUGACGCAGCAUCGACCACAGCAGCAAGCCACUCAGCGCCAUGAAAGACUAUUGAUGUCAGUGCUCAGGUCACCUACUGCCAUCACAGCAUCACCUAUCCUCCAUGACUUAAGGAGAUAAUUGUCAAUCACAGCAGCGAACCACCUCAACCCACUGUGACAUGCCUAUUGACUUCAGUGCUCAGGUCACCCACCAUCACAGCAGCUCAAAGCAACCCUUCUCCAUGACGGCCAACACACACAUAGCAGCAUCUCAUACUCAUUGCUCACCACCAUAUUAGCACCAUGGUAAAAGAGUGCCAAUCCUUGCAGUGCCACAUAGCAGACUUGGCUGUGUCCUGUGGGUGGCGUGAAGUGUUCUCUAAUGUGGUUUUGGUUCAGUGGUGAGUGGAGUAAAUGGAAAUGAGGCUCUAUUACUUUGGUGAAUGCUGUGGUGAGCGAGUGUCUAGUGUGGUAACGUGUAUGUACCAAACACCCACUUUGCCGAGUCAACAGUUGAAGUACUUGCAAGAUGUAUCUAAUUUAAGAGGGAAGUCACUUGUUGGCUGUGAGAAUUUAUAAUAAUAAUUUUUAUCAGUACAUAUCUUUUGUUUGGCAAGAAGGGUUGAGGUUCAGCCCUUGAAUAAAUCUGCAAGUGUUGAGCCUCCAUAACCUUGCCUAAGCAUAUACUGUUCCUUAGGGCAAACUGUAUGCAUCGUGUAGCCAGCAGUGUUCUAUAAGCUCAUGGGGGGCUGCAGAGGUAGCAUAGCGGGGCCACGGGCGACAGGUGAGCAGCACUGUCAUGUAAUAGCAUCAUCAUUCCAAGACGGUUUGUGUUCCAAAAUGAAUGAUUUUUAAUAGUGUGAAAAAAUAAAUCUUUUGUCAA